AUGGCCCCAGCACACACGGCUGAGACCGACAGGCCCCACGCAGACCCAGCCCAGAGCACGCAGCUGGGCUGGGGCACAGAGAUGGGUCUGCAAAAGGGGCCCGGGGACUGGAGCCCACAGCAGGUGUGGGCGGGGAAGAAAGGAAGCAAACGGGUCCCCACGGGGCUGCUGCCACCUACACACAGGCACCCUGACCUGGUGCCGCCUGAGCCUCGGCCAUACUUGGAUGGCGUAGAGGCCCCAGCACCUUGCUCCAGACGUGGUGGUGUGGGAAGCACAGGAGCAGCAGUGCCUCCUCCACAGCUGCUGGGCCUGCCCCCUGAGCCUGAGCACGGCCAGGCGCCUCCGGGUGCUCUGGGUGGGCCGAGACCCCGCACACAGACUGGCUACUGCUGCGUGCGGGUCGUGUAUGUGUGCAAAGACUCUUCCAGGCAGAGCGACAGUGGCCCCGAUGUGGAGGGCGAGGCCAGGGUGGUCUCCCCACAGACUGAAGCUGUGGCUGCACACGCAGAGGCUGGCUCCUUCCUCUGCAGGCGACAAGGGGCAGGAGGUGGUGCCGUGGGUCUGGCCCAGCACCCCCAGGCAUUUGGGGGGCAGCUGGUGGCCCGAGCAAAGGAAGCAGCUCUCUUGGCUGCAGCUAAAGCCCAAGCCACUAAACGCCGGUUCCCCUCGUUGACCGAGGCGGGAACUGAGGCCCAGGGCAGGGACGUACCCAAGCCACACUCAAGGCCGAGUCCGAGACCCGGCUCGGUCCCCAAGACUGGACUCCAGACCAGGAAGCCCUCGACGAGAACCGAUGACGCAGACAGGCUGCAGAGGGGCCUGGGCGGAGCUAAGGGGUCUGUGGCCGCGCGGACCCAGCGCUCGUCCAGGAACCGUGCCGGCCAGGAGGACCCCAAACUCUGCCCGUCCAACCCCGCGCUCGGCACGCAGGGGCAGCCGGAAGCGCCCAGAUCGGGGCGGACGUGGAGGCCCCGCCCCCUCCUCCGCGCAGGGCACUCUGGGAGCUGUAGUCCCAGUCCCAUCCGCGGCGCAGCCUCUCUCCGCUCCGCGCCAAACCUGGCACGUAGCGCCGCCCGGGGCUCGGGGCUCGGCCAUCUCCAGCGGCGCCGGCGGGCAGGGCGGCCCGGGGAGUCGGCAGGACCCUGGAGGGCGCCAGCCGUGACUGCUGUUGGCCGCUACCCCGAGGACUACAGCUCCCGGCGUGCCUCGCGCGCAGGGCCGCCGCGAGCUUCCGGCCCGACGGUGCCGCGCGGCCCUAUGGGAACCGUAGUCCGCGCGCGCGAUUCACAGCGCCGAGUGCGCCCCGGGCGCGCCGUAGCCGCGGGGUCCCGGCCUGGCGCUACGCUACGGAGGCGGCGUAGGGCAGGCGCCGGACGCGGGCGGGGCCGGGCCGGGCCGGGCGGGUCGGGUGCUUGGCGGCUCCGUCACUCAGCGCGGGAGGCCGUCGGGGCAGAGGCCGGUGGCAGGAGGGGCGCCCGCCCGCCCUCCGGAGGCAGAAGUUGUGGCUCGGCCGGCGCAGGCGAGCGGGCCCGGGGCCGCGCGGGCCGCGGGGACGGAGGAGGCGCUGCCAGGUGCGGAGGUGAGUCCCGCCGGCCGGGCGGGCUGAGGCCGGAGCGCGGGCCUGGCGGGCAGCGCCUCUCGCCGCCAGGUCCCGCCGGCCUCGGAGCCGGGAUCAGCCUGCUGCCCCGCCGGCGCCUCCGGCAUUGGCCGGAGACCGGGCUGGGCUGGGGGCGCAGCCUGGAGGUGACCGGCGGGGCCUUGGGUCUUCGGGUCCCUGGGAGACCAGCCCGGUGCUGCGAACGCAGGGGGCGGCCUCGGCCCCUGUCUGCCCUUGAGCGCCCUUACUCCGGGCGGCGUCCUGGUCCGGCUGCGUUAGGGGAUGUGCCGGCGGUGCCCGCCUGCCUCCACCACCGCGGGGCUCGGGGCUCUGCCUGA